AACCUGCAGAAAAAAUUCAAACUGGAAAGCAAAAAAGCCAAAACACGCUUUCUUCCUCCCACUCAGUGCUUUCUUCUUCUUUCUACCUCUGUGCCUUCCAGUUUACCAUUGAGCCACCAUCACGCCGCCGACGGACCCAACCGCGCCGCCGUCGUUCCAACCCAACCACCGCGGGACUCGACGCCACCUUGAGCCCCCUUCAACAGGAAAAAUGUCUAUGAAUAGAGCUUACUCUGAAAAAGCUAAGAAGGCUCAGGUCAGCAGUCCUUCCUCGAUUCCCCAUUCCAACGCUAAGAGUGGAGAUUCCUCCACCUCAUCGAGGACACUUAAGCGCAAAGCUCCCGAGUUGUCUGACCAUGCUCCUCCAGCGCCUGAGCCGGCUUUAGGGGAGGUACCUUCUAUCCCACCUCUUACCCAGGACGUCGACGUCUCAGCUCCUUUUGACUCCCCGGCCAUGACAAACCUAAUGUUAGCCAUCCAAGCCGUGCAGCAAGAAAAAACGAAAGAUGCAGCCGCCAUUCUUGACUUACAAGCUAAGCUAGCUAAGGAACCAAAACGUAGAGCAACCUUGAAAAAGAAGAUAGCUGAGCUGACCACGGAGAUAGGUAACUUACAGAAGUCGCUUGAGAUAGCGAAUGACAAGAUUGGAAAGAUGGAGCUUCAAAAAGCAACCUUGGCUGAGUCUCAUGAAGCUGAAUUGAAGGCCUUGCGGGCUAACGUUGAAGACCUUCAAGAUAAGCUAGACCUGCAGAAACAAGAUACCGCUCUUGCAUUUGAGGGAGGUUUUGAGGAAGCGGUGGCUCAAGUUAAGUGUCUUCAUGAGAACAUCGAUAUCUCGGAAGCACAUCCCUUCAAAGUGAUUAAGGAUGGCAAGCUCGUGGAAGUCGGGUUUCCCUAGACAGCUCCUGGCAAGGAUGGUUGUUUAACCCUAUGUAGUUGGGUUCGUUCUUAGUCUUGGCUUUGUUAGCCUCUAUACAAUAUUCUGUUUGUUGCUUGUCUUUAUGUUUGGACGCAUCUAUUGUUUUGCUUUUAAUGCGCUUUCCAUACGACUGAUCGUAGUAUAAAGACAUUUUGACCAA